AUGGCUGAAGCUGUCGGUCUCGUGGCAAGUGUUAUUACACUUAGCGAGGUUGCUACCAAGAUAAGCGUGCUAAGAGACCUCUGGAAACAGUUCCAAGAUGUGCCUCACGAUAUCCAAUACCAGCUUGACCAGCUUGAAGCCUUGGAUGCAGUCAUGACAAAAGUCGAACUUCAAGCCGAAAGUAACUCGAGUUUAGGAACUAGUACGGGAGUCCUUGCUGUAAAGCAUUGCAAACAAGCGGCCCUAGAACUGGAUAAGUCGAUACAAGAACUUGAACGGCGAAUUCACUCAGCUGGGCCGUUACGGAGAGCGUUGGGGAAAGCCAAGGUCGUUUUGGAGAAAGAGUCAAUCUCACGCGCACAGCGACGUCUGCAGGAAGCACUGCAGAUAAUGCAGCUAGCUAUAACUUUGCACAUUUGUUCUUUAACGGAAAGUGUACCGGAGCGUACAGCGGCCGUCUUCUUCGCGAGGCAGACCGAGUCCAAAGCACCAGCGUCAAGCGGUCAAACAACUCCAAAACUCACCAAUGGCAAGAAACAGGAAGCAAGCUCUACCAUCCUGCAAGCAAAAAGACCACUACCAUGGCUAUACCAAUCUGCCUUUGGCCGCAUCAUGGUUAGCAGGCACGCGGUAAUUCAGCAGGAUGCAAAUUUUGACACCGACAGCCAACAGAUUGCACAAGCUCGUAUCAUACUGCCGUCAUGGCUUUCUAGCAAAAUUUGGGAUGUUUUUGCUCACCGAUCUGUACACGGAUUAAUGUGGAAGCUUUCCAGUUGGAAUGUCCGCCCCUGGAGCAGCCCCAUAUUUGAUGCUGUUAGUGCAGGGUCGAUUUCUAACCUUAUGGAGAUGCUAUCGUCUGGCAGGGGGUCUCUGUACGACCGAACUCCAUGUGGCCAGACAUUGCUUCACAUCGCUGCCUAUAAUGGCAGAUUUGACAUGGCCAAGUCUUUGAUCAAGAUGGGUAUCCCAAUGCUCGAACAGGCUAUAUUUGGUCUUUUACCAUUUCAAUUGGCAUUUUUCCGUCAUCGUCCACAUCGUACAUAUGGUGAGCCACUCGACCUUUUCAUCAGCGCCAUCAACGUUGGAGAAUUUCGACAAGAUUGGGCGUUACUCUAUGGCCAAAUUCCGCGAGCUGAGUCAACACACAGCAUCUUCUCGCAAUCUUUAUGGUCCGUUCCCGGUCUAAUAACGCAUAUUGAUAGCGAAAUGACGACAAAGUUCAGAGAGCUUCCAACAAGACUCAAGCUCGCCCACCUUCGUUGGCAGCUUGUCGAAGUGAGCGUCUUGAAUAAUAUAAUGACCGAGAAUAAUAUAACAUUCGAUGACUUACGACUUAACAUGAACAAUACAGUUGAUUCUUCUCUCCAUGAAUUUGUUUUCGCUUAUUUUGCUCAUUUUUGUCAAAUGGCCCUGGCCUAUCCCAAGCCAGACGAAGGCUUCUUUAUUUCCAAACAUCAGGAAUGGAACCAACUCGCUUACUGUGUACUGUCAGACAUGCCGCUCAGCUUCCUGACGAAUCUGUCAGUGUCUGGAAUGACACCACUGCUCUACGGUGCAAUGUUUCAACUGGAAACCCUCUUCUGCUAUAAGCAUCGCCUCCCGAGUAAUAAACGGCGGAAAACCUUGAAACUGCAUCUUGAUAUGGUCAGGGCCUUUUUGGAUGUCGUGUCAAGGAGUGGAAUAGAUCUCCAAGAGUACGGAAGAGACGAAGUAGCCGCAUUUCAAAGUCAUAAACGUGUCUUCUCGAAUAAAGGCAGGACAUUCUUCAUGCACAGCCUCUAUUAUUGGCAGCCAUACCUAGUGUCAAUUUCGUAUGGGCCGACACCCGAAGAUUGGACAUUCCUUUGGGACGAUUUAGUUGAGGAGUUUGCGGGUGAGUUUUGGCAGAUGAUCGAGGACGGAUACUACAAGAUCGAGGACGGAUGCUCCAAGAUACCUGGCGCAUGGGUUGACUAG